AGAACCGCAACUUAAAACAAUGCAAUUCUGUUGUGCCUUGCUUUUCUGCCUUAUAGUAUAUUCGAUUAUAAUAACUCAAAGCUUUAUAUUCGACGUUAUAAAAAAGUGUAGAAGAAAUCCAGACGGCAUAAAAGGCAUAAUAUUCGCAGCUGUUCAUACAUUGAUUUAACUAUGGAAGAUUGAGUUCAAAACACUCGGCUUGAGAUGGGUUUGGCUUUAUAAAUAUAUCUGUAUCUGAGGGGAAGCGACUCAGUCACCUGUCCGCAACUAUCUCAAGAUGUACGCCAAGUGGUCGAUGCUCGCCGUUAUAUUUAGUGGGUUACUGUACCUAAGCAGCGCCCAGACUACGGAUUGUUCGAAUAACUGUAUGCUUCGUGCCAGAUGUACGCCCUACUAUAAGGAUCUGGUUUGGGCAGUAGUGGAUCGCGUGUGUCGUGUGUUCCAGAACGGCUGUAUCUUUGGCAACGAGAACUGUAUGAGGGCCAAUCAAUGCCUGCCACCUAUGGUGGCCACUACCAAGGAAAAGUGCAUGGAAUCCUGUCCUAGGAUGUGUUCUCGCGGAGCUCCUCCGGUAUGUGGCUGGUUUCCCUUCACGGACAGCAACGGAGUUAACGGCGGAAAGAGUCUCACCUUCCGAAGCCGCUGCCUUCUGGAUCUAUAUGCCUGCCAGAAUGCCGAGGCUUAUGUUAAUGAGCCACAAAUCGGAGCCUGCCCUGCUGAGCAGUGACACUGUCCCCAUAAAUGUGUUUAGCGGAAUAUUUUUCAUUUUGUUGUGUCGUAAAUAUAAUAUAUAAAGUUCAAAAAUUAA